CACCUCUAACAAAUGUUACGUUAAUUUUAUUUGCACAAUCAAAAUAGAUUUACGUGACAGCCAAUGCUUGUGCUGAAUUACUGAACGGUAUCAUAGCAAUGAGCGCAACAGAACAUCAGCUGUAUAGUUAAGACGACGUCUUGAGUGAUGUCGUGCAAUCUGGAGAUGUGCCAAAAGCAGUUUAUAUGAAUACAAAUUGUGUAUUGUGAAAUUUUAUUUUAUUUUUUAUGAGUUUUUGGUAGUUCAACGUGCAACUAUGUGUGCUUUAACCUUGACGCAACUUUUCACAAAAUCUUUCUUAGUUUUAUGAUAUAAGCCGGUAAACGACCAGACGGAUCAUCUAAUGGUAAGCAACCGCCGUCGAAACACCAGAAGCGUUACAAGUACAUUGCCGGCCUUUUGGGGGUUAGGAAUUUAAGGGUGGAUGGAGAGAAACUAAAAAUAUGGAUCAUGAGAACGGUAGUAGUACACUGGCUUAUCGUUUGGUUCAAACAUCAGAUGACGACGUGGGCAGACACCUCGUUGCUUCCCAUGACCUGAGUCCAGGAGACAUAGUGCUGACUGAAAGACCUCUUGUAUUUGGGCCUAAGGCCAUGCUGGAUCCAGAAGUAGCUAUGCCUUGCGUUGGAUGCUACAAACCAGUUUUUACUGAAUCUGGAGAAAGAUGUACUAAAUGCGGUUGGCCUGUCUGUUCAGGCAAUUGUCCAGGUCUAAAGGAUCCAAGACAUCAUGGAGCUGAAUGUGAUAUCCUCAGUUUGAGACCCGAAUGCGUUUUGAAAAACAUGGCUGAUUAUUACAGGCAUGAUGCCCUAAUGCCACUACGAUGUGCCUUACUACAGAAGACAGAUCCAGAAGGUUGGAAGCAACUCUUGGAUUUGCAGUCACACAUGGAGUGUCGACCUCCAGGAAGCGAGGCCUACGAGGAGGCCAACGAAUUCAUCGUCGAAUAUAUAAUUAACAACUUCAUAAACAAGAUGGACGAAAAAUUAAGAAAAUCGUACGAAAUAACUUCGGAAUUACUUCAUAGAAUUUGUGGAAUUAUAGACACGAAUGCUUUGGAGAUUCGUUUGCCUCAAGGAACUGAACUUAGCGCUUUGUACGCUGUGACUUGCAAAAUGGAACAUAGUUGCAUGCCUAACACGAAGCAUACAUCUUUUGCAUUUAAUCCUAAAGAUAGGAAAGAUCUAUAUGAAAUAACUAUAAAAGCUGUUGUUCCUAUAAUGAAAAACGAUCACAUAGCUACAAUGUACAGUCAUGCAUUAUGGGGAACGCAAGCCAGGAGACAACACUUGAAAGACUCGAAAUAUUUUGCCUGCAAAUGUCCAAGAUGUAGCGAUCCGACUGAACUUGGCACAUAUCUAAGUGCUAUGAGAUGUUUAGGUGAUGAAAAUAAACCUUGUGAUGGAAUCCAUUUACCAGAAGAUCCUUUGGAUGAUGAAACUGAUUGGGUUUGUAACAAAUGUCCAGUAAGAGUCAGCAGUUCUCAAGUGCACAUGAUAAUGUCACAAAUGGGAGAAGAUGUAGAAGCAGUUCUGAUGAUGGAAGGUUCUGUGACGAUACUAGAGAAUCUACUUUGUAGACUGGCAAUGUUUCUGCACCCAAAUCAUUAUUACAUGUACUCGUUAAAGCAUUCUCUAGUACAAUUGUAUGGAAGGGAACAAGGGUAUACGUCAAUGGAUAUUCUGGAUAAGAAAAUCAAAAUGUGUAGAGAGCUCAUUUCUAUCACGAAGGCUUUAGAUCCAGGCAAUGCGAGACUGAGUUUGUAUAAUACUGUUUUGCAACAUGAAUUACAUUCAGCCUUAGUAAUGAAGUGUAAAAAUAUGGUUGGGCCAAAGACAGAAGAUAUGAAACCUUUGCUAAAUGAAGCUAAAUUGGCUAUAGAUGAUGCUUUCAAGUCAGUUAAAGAUGAUUUGGAAGAAGUUUCUGGAAAAAGGCUACAGUCAGUAUUAGAUGACAGUAAAAGGGAAUUUGAUAAGUUUUGUAAGCAAAAGAAAAUAGUAGUUUGAUUACUUGUUUAUUUGGUCUUUUGUUAAUUCUAUCUUAAGGUAUAUCACAGUUGGUUUCUUUGAUGUUAGUACGCAUCUUAUGUGAUGCUAUUUGGUUAUUAAUUACAAUAACAUUAUUAUUUUAACAUACUAUAUUAAGGUUACUAAAAUCUGCUUUGAGCUAUUUAGUAUUUU